AUGCUCAGGGAUUCCAUCAAGUCCUGGACUGACAGCCAGUCAGACCUGUACUGCAGCGACCAGGAGGAGGAGGAGCAGAUGAUCUUUGGAGAAAAUGAAGAGGAUUUGGAAGAGAUGAUGGAUUUAAGUGACCUGCCUACCUCACUCUUUGCUUGCAGUGUUCACGAGGCCGUGUUCGAGGUACAGGAGGAGAAGGAAAGGUUUGAAGCACUUUUCACAGUCUAUGAUGAGCAGGUGACGUUCCAGCUGUUCAAAAGCUUCAGGAGGGUGAGGAUAAACUUCAGCAACCCCGAGGCAGCAGCACGAGCUCGGAUAGAGCUGCACGAGACCGAGUUCAGUGGGAAGAAGCUGAAGCUUUACUUUGCACAGGUGCAGGUGUCCAGUGAAAUUGGGGACAAGUCCUACCUCCUUCCUCCACAACCUGUGAAGCAGUUCCUGAUUUCCCCCCCUGCCUCUCCCCCAGUGGGGUGGAAGCAGAGUGAAGAUGCAACUCCCCUGAUCAAUUAUGACCUGCUCUGUGCUGUCUCCAAGCUGGGGCCAGGGGAGAAGUACGAGCUGCACGCAGGGACAGACUGCACUCCCAGCGUGGUUGUGCACGUGUGUGAGAGUGAGACGGAGGAGGAGGAGGAGAUCAAGAACCCCAGACGGAAGAUCCUCCAGACGCGGCGCCCAGACCCGCCCCCAACCAUCCUGAGUGACUCCAAAGCCUUCGAGUGUGCCCUGGAGGUGGGAGGGACAAUGCCCUGUUAG